AUGGAUAAAGAUAAAGGCUAUUGGCUACUAACUUUAGAAUGUGUGUUGGCAAAGCUUAGAAUCUAUCGUUCGAAGCUAUUGUAUUUCUGGGUUGCACGCGUUUGGUUAGAAGCUGCUGCUAUUACUGUCAAUGAUUCAGGGACAGACGUGCUACAUGUACCGUACAGCGUGCUUUCUGAAGAUUAUAAUGUUGGAAAAUCAAUUAUGGAAGCAACGGUAUUCUUCAUUGGCAGCGUAAACAGAGACAAAUAUGCGGUAACCUUUUUCAUGUCAAUGACAUGCCAUUUAUGUAACGAAACGUCUUUUACAGAAGCAUACAUUAGGUUGAAAGCGUUCUCGCGUGCUAAAGCUGUGGAAGGUUAUGGUAGCGUGAAGUCAAUGCCUCGAAAAACAUGUUCGCAAACACAGCCGCUGUUCAUGGUCAAUGCCACGGUAGAAAGCAUUAUGAACAUGACUGAUCUCUGUACCCAAAAACCAAGAAGCCUCCAUGAUCAAAAACAGGUCAACGGAUGA